UCACGUAAUUACGUACAAUGUGUACGGAAGUGCUUGUGUUCCACUGUGGAUCCGUUCUACGUAGCGACUCUACGAUGUUUUCCCGAUUUAAAAACCAGCCGGUUCCUCUUUGACGUCCGAACCGAACUUUAUAGAGGGUCCGAAAUGAGCACGCAGGACAUCUUGAAAAAUGCGUCCACUUUGGCGUCGUACAACGUUUUGCUGCAGGUGAUGUUCCGUGCCCUCACCUUCCUCCUGAACGCCUUCACGCUGCGGUUCGUCUCCAAGGAGCUGAUCGGCGUGGUGAACGUCAGGCUCACGUUGCUAUAUUCUACGUUAGUGUUUUUAUCCAGAGAGGCUUUCAGGAGAGCCUGUCUGAGUGCAGAAUCGGGGACAAGCCGCAGCUGGAGACAAGUCAUCAACCUGUUAUGGCUGACAGUGCCUCUUGGUGUGUUAUGGGCCACCCUUCUCGGAUGUGUGUGGCUGUGGCUCCUGGAGGUCCCAGAUCCCCAGACGGUGCCUCACUACGGCCCUGCUGUGGUGCUCUUUGCCCUCUCUGGAGUUCAGGAGCUCCUGGCUGAGCCCCUCUGGGUCUUGGCUCAAGCGCACAUGCUCGUCCAACUCAAAGUGAUCGCUGAGAGCUUGGCUAUGAUCACCAAGUGCAGCGUCACUGUGGUGCUGGUGGUGUUUGCCCCCGAUUGGGGUCUUUACAUCUUCUCUGCUGGCCAGUUGGUGUACACUGGAUUUCUGGUGUUGUGCUACGUCCUCUACUUCAUUUGUUUCUUGGGCUCCAAAGAAGCAGCAAAGAUGACCUUCCCUCUGCAGCAUAUCAGAGAUCUGCUGCCAAGCAAAGCUGAUGGAGAGCCGCUGGUAGACUGGACCGUGGCCCGGCUCACUUGGAGCUUCUUUAAGCAGUCGUUCCUGAAGCAGAUCCUGACAGAGGGAGAGCGCUACGUCAUGACCUUCCUGAACGUCCUCAGCUUCGGAGACCAGGGCAUCUACGACAUCGUCAACAACCUGGGCUCCAUGGUGGCACGCUUCAUCUUCCUGCCCAUCGAGGAGAGCUUCUACAUCUUCUUUGCCAAAGUGUUAGAGAGGGGACGCGAUGUGGAAAGUCAGAAAAAGGAAGAUGUGGCGAUUGCAGCAGAAGUCCUGGAGUGUUUGCUGAAGCUGGUGCUGGUAAUUGGACUAAUCAUCUCAGUGUUUGGAUAUGCAUACUCUCACCUGGCUCUGGAUCUGUACGGUGGUGCCCUGUUAAGCAGUGGAUCAGGACCUGGUUUGCUGCGGUGCUACAGCUGCUAUGUUCUCCUUUUGGCUGUGAACGGAGUGACAGAGUGCUUCGUGUUUGCUGCCAUGAGCCAACAGGAAGUCGACAAGUAUAACCUGGUCAUGCUGGCUCUGUCCGUGUCCUUCCUCCUCCUGUCCUACAUGCUGACAUGGUGGGCCGGUGGCAUCGGCUUCAUCCUGGCAAACUGCCUGAACAUGGCCCUGCGUAUUUCCCACAGCCUGCUCUACAUUCACCGCUACUUCCAGUCCAGUCAGUGGAAACCGCUGCGAGGCCUUUUGCCUUCCCCGCUCCUGCUGGUGGUGCUCAUUAUCAGCGCAGGCGUAACUGCAGGGUCUGAGGCCGUUUUCUGCUGCGACGGCGGCUGGCUGUUCAGGAUGGUCCAUAUCGGCGUUGGAGGAGUUUGUCUGCUCUUCGUCCUGCUGGCUGUUCUUCUCACUGAGACUCAGCUGAUGCAGUUUGUGAGGACUCAGCUGUUGCCUCGCUACAGAAAGAAACACACCUGACCAACCACACCAAAGACUGCUGCUGCUGCUGAGGAAUGAAAAUAUUUUACAUCAACAAGCAGAUUAUCAACUAAAUAACAGUUACUGUCUGUCAAACAGAGGGGGAAUAUAUUUUUUAAAUUGGACCUCUUACUCUAACAUUCCUGUGUUGAAUGUUUGCCAAAUGUUAUUUCUGUUUCAGGAUCUAAGCCUGAAUGGAAAACAUGGAUGUACUUGAAGAAUGCAGUUUUUUUUUGUUACCAACCUUUAUUUUGCACUACACGGCUACAAGUGUAUGAAAUGUUAAGUUAAGCGAACAAACCAAAAAUCUAACAAUUUGAAUGCUUAUCGAA